UAAAUUUUGUUUCUGAGUGAAGAUCACUAGAAGGAAAUCAUUCUAACAGAACGGACUUCCAGUCAUUGAUUGUGGAACGACUUAACUUAUUAUUUUGAUAGUGCCUAAAAAUAUAAAAUAUUAAAUAAUAUUGAAAUGGCGUCCGAAGAUGCUACUGGUACUUCUACGAUUAAAUAUUAUACACGUGCCGAAGUUGCAAAAUAUAAUACAGCUACAAAUUCAUGGAUAAUUAUUCAUGAUAAAGUGUAUGAUGUGACAAAAUUUUUAAAACAGCAUCCUGGUGGUGAAGAAGUUAUUUUGGAACAUGCUGGACGAGAUGGAACAGAACCCUUUGAAGAUAUUGGUCAUUCUAGUGAUGCAAGAGAAAUGAUGGAACCAUAUAAAAUAGGAGAAUUAGUAGAAGAAGAAAGAACAAAAAGUGACGAUAAGAAAGAACGGGACUGGGCAAAUGGUGCUUCAAAUGGAGAUAGUUCUAGUAAUAGAGAAAUGCAGUCUAUUCCUGGCUUUAAUCAUUUGCUGCAUGGUCAUGUGAUGAUUGGCUAUUGCAGUGGUUCUUGGAGAUCCUGGCUGAUUCCUGUUGUACUUGGGGUGCUAGCAACUCUUAUCUACCGUUAUUUCAUCAGCGCACAUUGAAACAUUCCAUAAGAUUAUUAUCUUAUUUUAUAAACAUAUAUAUAUAUAUAUAUACAUAUAUAUAUAUAUACAUAACGUGUUAAGAAUUGAUUGUUGUGUAUAAUUCGGCGUGAACAAUCAUUCUAUGUUACACACUAUUGUAAUUAUUUUUUAUUGGAAGCUGUGAGAAGCUAAACAAUCGGGUGGUCUAGCAUUUAUAUCUAGAGAACAUCAGACAUAAUAUAUCUGUAUGUAUAUAUGUGUAUCAAUUAGUACAGUAUCUAUGAAGCCAAAAAUAAAUUAAUUUAAUUUGCAUGACUGUGGUCGGCUUCCUUAAAAAAAUAAAACAUUUCCUUAGAUACAAAAAGAAAUUGACAGAUCAUUUACGAUUUACAUUGAUAUAUCAAUAAAGUGAUCUAUUUUUUAUCACUGUUUUUUAAAUGUUUUAUUAUUAUAAGUUUAUAAAUAAUAUGACAUAAGAACUAUGAAAGCUUAAAUAUUCUCGUCAAAAAUAAAUGUACAAUACGUUACGAUUAAGAUAAUUAAAUUUCAAAAAUACAUAAAUGUAUAUGAAUUUUCUUAGAAAUAAAUAAAUGUUGAUAUUUUUAUUA